UCGUGCCCUCUUCACGACUGUCUUGGUGUGCUUGGAUCAUAUGUUAGUUUGUCAACUAGAUUGAAGAAUUCAUUCUAUCGAUCUAUCAGAUUAUUCUGAUGAGCAAUGGUUUAUUUAGUCUUCUAGGGCAACAUAUAAAAGAGAAAAGUUCACUAACAAAUAACCUACCAAAAUGUCAGAAAUUAUAAGCAGAAAUGUAUCUAAAUCAGCCCCCCCAAAAAUCUGCUCCCCCUGUCAAAAUAUUGUUCUGCUGUCUGACUGUAGCCUAUAGCGCAUGUUCUAUAUUUACUGGUUAGUGUUGGUGGCGGGCCUCAGAUUUUCACUUUAUCACAUAUAAUCGGGUGGUUGCGGAUGGGUUAUUAGCAAUUGCAGGUAGGUGGGUGCGGGUGAACAAACAGCUGACCACUAAUGUCUGCAAUCAGAAGAGUGAGGUCUCCCACAGUAAGUUGGCAGAGGUUCAACAAAGUGAAAUGAGGACGUGUGUGUGUGUGCCUUGCCUUCAGGGCCAUGGACCUCUUGACUCAGAGGAUGUGGUAACACACACUCAAGACCGCCAUACACGCUACACAUUGUUAGUGGAGCGCACAUAAUAACUUACCUGGCGCAAUGUAACCAAUAGAAUACUCCCAAAAGUACAAACACCACCCACUGUGGGUAAUCGGAAUCAAGCGCAACUAAAGUAACUGAAGAAAAACAUUGUAUAAGAUGGUAUGUCAACACUGGUCUGCUACAUACACUAUGUAUUACUGGCAUCUCAACAGUCCUCCUUUCUCUUUUCUCUCUGUUCUCUCUGUUCUCUCUGUUCUCUGUCUGUUCUCUGUCUGUUCUCUCUGUUUCCUCUCUUUUUUCUCUCUCUUCUCUCUCUUCUCUCUCUCUUCUCUCUCUCUCUCUUCUCUCUCUGUUCUCUCUCUCUUUUCUCUCUCUUCUCUCUGUUCUCUGGAGUGGUUCUACAACAAUGUGAAGUGUUGCUUCAAGAAGUUUGGCAGUGCCAAGGUAUACAGGAAAAACCUGGUGGAUCACGGGACGCUGGGAGAACUCACAGAGUACAGCAUGGCAAAGACCCUCACAGCGGCACUGAGGGUGGCAGAGGAGGCCAUCGACGAGGCCAUCAACAAGGCAGAGGGAUACACCGACAAUCAGGAUAUGCAGAGCGAAGCAAGGUAUUUGCGGGACCACAGGGAGGAGCUGAUUGAGGAGCUGGCCACAACCAUCGUACAGAAAAUCAUCCAGCGGAGGAAGAACCUGGUUGAGAUGAACCCAGACUGUGACCUGGACAGGCCCCCAGGCAACCAGAGUGGUGAAAAGCCUUUGGCUUCAAGCUGCCCCACCUCCCAGCCCCAGAUCACCACAUCAGUCCACGCCAAGUGCUCCGGGGUUUCCCAGGACUCUCAGCAGGGGCUGAAGGAGGAGGGAGGAGCGGCAAGGUUGGCCAGCUGGAAGAGUAUUGACCGCCUGGAUAACUCCAUGCUGAAGAGCCCUGACGGAAACUGGAUCGCCUUGGAGAGCACCCAGCUGUCUCAGCCCAGCCUGCUGACCAAGAGGAAGUCGUUGGUAUUCAGUGUCCUGGAGUGGGAAUUCGGUGUGAUAUCCGCCUACGACGAAAUGGGCUCUUACGACACCGAGGGGGCCUGGGACGCUGCCUUGCUGGAGAUACGCAGGAAGAUGACCUCCAACGCCAACAACAACCAGGGGUCAGAGGCUCCAGACGCCCAGGCCUCUGCUGGCCAGCAACCCAGCAUCCCAUCACCCUCGCUGGGUCACCACGCCAGCACGAACACCCUCAACUUUGAGUCUGAGAGGUACUCGGAGGUGUCACUGCACAGUAUCACCACUGAGGUGCUGAAGGUGUUAAACGCGACAGAGGACCGACUUCAGGGGGUGGAGGGAGAUGACUGCACCCCUUCACUGUCCCCCAACACUGACACAAAGAGGCUGAACAAACAACUCAGCAGACUGGAGGAGAAUGUCUGUCUGUCUGUCUGUCUGUCUGUCUGUCUGUCUGUCUGUCUGUCUGUUCGUUCUUUCAACAUACAGUAUACAACUGAAAUGACCACAGUCUGUCUGUGCAAACUGAACUGUGCCCACCAGGUGUACGUAGUGGCGGGCACGGCUUACGGUUUGGAAGCGGAGCUUGGCGACCUGGAGGAGUGUGCCCGGGCCGUCGGAGGUGCCACCUCAGACCUGGAGCUGUCCUACCUGGAGGAGCAGGUGGCAACGGCUUCCGCCCAGGUGCAGCAGUCUGACCUCCAGGUGUCGGAAAUCGCAGCCAGGAUCGCAGCUCUGAAGAUCGCAGGUCUCAACGUGGUCCCACAGAACCGCUUCUCUAAGCCCCAAGAACAGCCUAAGCCACAAACAUUGGACUCUUCACGGCAAACGAGGAGGCGGCUACCUGCUCCACCCUUGAAGGAUAAAGAAACCUAAGCCGGACUGACCGGGCAUGUUGACCACUGCCAUGGCCCUUUGACUCCCCCCACACCAGUGCCUUGAGCCCCUUGUCCAGUCAGGACGGUGCCAUCAGUGUCCAGUAAGGGGGUUGCUACCCUGCCACUAAGACACUACAGAGUACAGACUGACAGUUUUACCACUACUUCUGGCACUGUGGAUAAAGACAAGAGUUGUACAUUUCUUAAUAAUGAGAGAUCGUAGCUACAUACUUUAUGUACAUUUGAAAUGGAUUAAGUUAAGAAACAAAGCAGUUUUUAUAGAAUCUUUAUCUUAAAUAUGCUGUUGAGUGAAAUGUCAAUCAUCUCUUUGUUAUUGGACCUUUCAACCAAUCGGUGACCAGAGCCAUUUUUUAUAUAGCUUAAUGAGAACGUUGUUAUGACAAUGGAGAUGUAACUCUAACAGAUGUGUGGCUAUUGUCUGAAAGGCAAGCUAUGAUUUAUACUACCGCUUGUUUUAACAUGUUUUUAACAGUU